UGUGUUCUUGCCUGCAUGUAGACUUACACGCAGUUGGGGGAAUCAUUUUAAUUAUUCUUGGCCGUUGCUUUCGUGAGCAUCUGCGUGCGUUCUUGUGUACGUCGUUCGUCAUAAAUGACAUGCCAUGCAGACUAUCAGAAAGAUGCGAUCAAACGAUGUCUUUCAUUGUCCAAGAGAAUGCUAUCGUUAUCUCGACUGCGCAAAAACUAAUUAAUUCCUCCCACUAACGUCUGUGACGUUUAUUGACAAAGUUCACCAAAGGUUACUCCAGAUAAUCAACAUCCCAGCGACGAUAAUCGCUUUUUCCUUUAAAGAUGUCGAAGGUAUUAAAUUCAUCUCAUGAUUCAGCAAGAGCAGAAGAUUUAAGAUGGGGAUGGAGGUCUUUCCGACCCCGUUGCUUGCAAUGGCUUAAUUCCUCUCCUGGUCUACUGAUAGUUCUCAUCUUGUGUAACAUCUUUUACGGUGUGACGGUCAAUGGCUUUAAUUUUGCUGCUAUACCAUCACUUGAGAAGCAGUUUCAUUUCAACAGUAAACAAACAGGAGCAUUGUCUUCAGUCAGCGAUGUUUCCAACAUGGUUCUAACAGUCAUUGUCAGUUUUUACGGUUCUUUCGGUAACAAACCGAGGUGGAUUGGCUUUUCAAUGAUCCUUAUUGGAUUCUCGUUGGUUACAUUUUCUUUUCCGCACUUUUUGAUUGGUAGAUACGAUCCCCCCGAAGCGGUGGCUUCCUUGCAAUUCUGUCCAAAAUACAACACGACUUCAAAAUGCCACAACAUGGAAAAGAUAUCGUUUACAUGGUCGUACUACAUCGUAUUUCUGCUAGCUCAAGUCAUGGCAGGCGCAGGUGGUGCUCCAAUGUUCAGUCUGUGUAUUGCAUACCUAGACGAAAACGUCAAACCCAAAUAUACGUCACUAUUUAUCGCUUUGUACUAUGUAUCUGGUUUUUUGGGACCGAGUGUCGGCUUCGUGAUUGCCGGCCAGUUGUUGAGUUUGUACGUCGACAUAGAACAGCCGGAUGGUUUUAAACUCACCCCAAUGGACCCGCGUUGGAUCGGCAACUGGUGGAUAGGCUCAUUAGUUGGCGCUUUCGUCAUAUUUCCAAUGUCUCUUGUCAUUAUUGGGUUUCCCAGGCAACUGCCGCACGUACGUGCUCAACGUGAGAAGGCGAUUAUGAACAAAGAGAUUCCUGCACGUGACCAAGAUAUUCGCGGCAAAGUGAAGGAUAUAAUACCUGCGACGAAGAGACUCCUUUCUAAUCCAGUUUAUGUGUUUCAGUCGUUAGGUGUCUGGGCUCAGGUCGUUCUCGGCUCAGGUGUAGGUCCGUUUCUGUAUAAGCUCAUCAGAAUUCAUUACGGUGCAACUCAGGCACUAGCAGGCUUGGGCGUCGGAAUGAUUGUGGGCAUCAGUAGUGCUUGCGGGACAUUAAUAGGUUCAUGUUUUGGGAGCAAAGUGGAGCUAAAAAGAAGUUGUAAAGUCGCGGCGAAGUACUGUUUCUUUUUGCAACUUUUUGGAAUGUGGAUGACGUUCAUGUUUUUGGUUCCUGGAUGUGACGAUAUCAAAGUUCCUGAUGUCAGGAUGACAAGUUCCUGCAAAUGUGACGGGGUGAAAUAUGUUCCAGUAUGUCAUGAUAACAUUACGUUUUACUCAGCUUGUCAUGCCGGCUGUCCUCAUCAAAAGACAACGUCAAUGACCUACUCGAAUUGUACUCUUGGCAAUUACUCUGGUUCUAAUGAAGUGUUCCAAAUGAACCUCGGUGUUUGUGAUCGAAACUGUAAGAAUGUCUACACUUUUUUUGUUGGUUUUACUUUACUCCUUACUUUAAGUUACCUCAAUGACAUUCCUGGAAAAGUUGUCACAAUAAGAAGUGUAUCCGAAAAUCAACGCUCUUAUGCCCUCGGUCUUCAACUGGUAUUAUGGCGAGCCGUUGGAAGCUUACCUGCUCCAGUAGUAUUCGGCUCAUUUAUUGAUAAGUCGUGCUUGUUGUGGCGAGAGUCGUGCGGUACGCGAGGUGAUUGCUUGGCAUACAAGACAGGAAAUGUCGUACACGUCAUCAUAACGUCAUCGUUAAUUCUUCAAGCUUUGGCAAUACUUUUCUUUCUGCUCUGUUGGUAUUUCGCGUGCAAAGAAACAACUGAUCACCAUGACCUUAACGGCAAUGCUACGCGCGAUUUAGCAGAACAAAAUGACCACGCAAAAAACGACAGUGUUUAUCAACAUGAAGACGGCCCAAUGGAGAACGGCUAUGAUAAUCCAUUGGUAUUAAAAGACAUCAUUUGUGAUGAAAGGGCAAAUACCAAACUUUGACAUUUACACUUGAAGUCGCCAAGAUCAUCUGUUUGACUUUGUAAUAAGCAUGCAGUCUUUGUUAAGAUGGUAACCUAAUCAUAAGAAAUCAUUGUAUAGUUAUAUUCUUAAGUUCCUCAUUUGCAAUUUCAUUAGCAGUUUGCCAUCAAGCUUUCUUGUAGUAAAUGUUCUGAUUAAAAAAUAGAAGACAUUUUUUGUGUUUCUUGGGAGUUUGUUUUGCAAUUUCAUAAGUGUUUCCAUAACUCAAUAGAAACAAGUGAAAUGUUUCCUAUUUCUGUUAUAACUCAGCCUUUUAAGAACAAUUUAUUGACUAUGAGUAUGUAUUGUUUAUAUUUUUGCUUUUGAAAGUUCUUGCGCAAACCACGCAUACUGUGAGACUGAAAUCCCCCUGUUUUUAUAGAGUUAUAGAAACAAGCGCAUGUGUUUGCAAAAGCCUAUUUUGCAAUUGUAAAUAUUUACUUUUCGUUGUUCCUUAAGGGUUGUAAAUUAUUUCCAUAUUUUUUAUUUAAUUAUCAUUUCUAUCGUACAUGUAACGGCCAAAAGACUUCAAAAUUAUAUACUAGUUGUUGUAAUACCAA